UCUUACUACAGAAAACAGCUGACGUACAAGUAUAGUUCAGUAAAUAAAUGAUAAGCCUGUGAGUUUGGGUCAGUCGAAUGUGCAAUUUGCGUGACGACAGGCGGACACUGUUAACUGUAGUAUUAAGUUAUUUCUUGCAACCACGUAUAAUUUAUCCCUAAAUGGCCACACAUUUUAUUAGAAACAGCGCCAUAAGCUGGCUGCUUAGGACCUAUCGGUCGCGUCAACUAGUAAUGGCACAAAAACUUCGUGGUUUGCAUGUUACUGCCUCCCUGCAAAAAAUAGUAUCCUUCAAUCUCAGCGACAUUGGUGAAGGUAUACGCGAGGUAACCGUCAAAGAAUGGUUCGUUAAAGUUGGAGACACGGUUGAGCAAUUCGAUAAUCUUUGCGAGGUACAGUCGGACAAGGCAUCGGUGACGAUCACCAGUCGCUAUGAUGGAAAAAUAACAAAAAUCUAUCAUAGCAUUGAUGAUAUAGCACUCGUUGGCAAACCGUUGCUUGAUUUUGAUGUGCCGAAUGAAGAGAGCGACAGCUCCGAUUCCUCCGAUUCGGAGCAGCCGCAAAUACAUUCGACAGAAAGCCAGCCGGUUUUAUUGGCAAAUGCUUCACGAAGUCGCCUUAUUGUACCAGCAACGCCUGCGGUCCGCCGUAUAGCCAUGGAAAACAAGGUGGACUUGUCGCAGGUUCCGCCAACGGGUCGUAAUGGCCGCGUUCUUAAAGGCGACGUACUGGAGUAUCUUGGACAUGUGCCAUCUGGCACAAACAUUCCACAUCCCACAAUUGCAAAAAAAAGUGCGCUUCCCAAGCCAGCUGUCAACAAUAAUGCAGCGGAUCGUGUUGAAAUUCUAAAGGGCGUACGCAAGGCCAUGCUAAAAACCAUGUCAGAAUCAUUGAAUAUUCCGCACUUUGCCUACAGCGAUGAGGUCGACAUGACCAACUUGGUCAUGUUCCGUGAACAAUUGCAAUCUUUUGCUCAUCAGAGUGAUGUGCCUAAGCUGACCUUCAUGCCCUUCUGCAUCAAGGCAGCCUCGAUUGCACUGACCAAGUAUCCGAUUAUUAACAGCUCACUGGAUCUGGUUAACGAGUCUGUUGUGUACAAGAAUGCGCACAACAUUAGUGUAGCCAUUGAUACACCGCAGGGUCUUGUAGUGCCUAACAUUAAGAAUUGUCAGUUAAAGAAUAUUGUCGAAAUCGCUAUUGACUUAAACGAGUUGGUGGCACGUGGACGCUCAGGAACUCUUACGCCAACAGACUUUGCGGACGGAACCUUUUCGCUAUCCAAUAUUGGCAUUGUGGGCGGCACCUAUACGCAUCCCUGUAUUAUGCCACCACAAGUGGCAAUUGGCGCCAUGGGACGCACCAAAGUUGUACCACGUUUUAAUGCAAAGAAUGAAAUUGUCAAAGCUCAGGUUAUGAGUAUAAGCUGGUCGGCAGAUCAUCGUAUUAUCGAUGGCGUCACUAUGGCAAGGUUCUCUAACGUGUGGAAGCAGUAUUUAGAGAAUCCCGCACUCUUUUUACUGCACUAGAUGCCUCAAUUUUGAGAUCCCAUUUACGGAGAAGGCUGUUAUGUUGCAUUUAUUUACAAUUUAUUUAAUAAUAACAACUUCUAUAGUUGUGCUACUUUAUUUUAAUGCUAACGCUAGCGUGACCAUGUGCCGGUACGAAUGUGCAUUUAUCAACGCGGUUUGCAGCUUUGGCUGUAAUUUGUGUCCUCCCUAAUUCUAAGCUUGGCACAUAGCACAUAAUGUGUAGUUUUUAAUAUUGCAUACCCUGGGAAGUAUGGUAAUUAUUUUUUAGAGUGGACUUGCUUGGGUAUGCAAAUUUAUGGUUUUUCCUUGUUUACCGUUUAUAUGUUGCAUACAUUUUUGUAACAUUUUAUCAAAUACAAAGUUUUUUUUACAGUUUACUGUAGGUUGUUAACUUUCAAAAAUAUG